AGAGAGAGAGAGAGAGAGAGAGAGAGAGACUACUAUAAAGGCCGGGGUACAAAGUCCGUGUAUGGACCGCUUUCGUAGUUGUCUUCCCUUACCUUAUUCUGUGGUUCACACUUUCCAUCGCAGAGAAAAGGGUAAGGGGUAUAUCCUUUAACCCCUUAUCUUGCAAGCGGGGGAGGGGGAGAGGGGGUCUCUUGAAUUGGAAUUUUGCAGUUCCUGCUCACUAUGGCUUGCAGACUUGCAGAUUCUAGUUUCCUUUUCAUGAGACCCCAACAAAGGCCAAUUCAGAGCCAUAGAGUUGCCCCACUUAGUCCUCCAGGCACUUAUUAUCUGACUUGGAAAAGUCUGCCGCAGAAGAGAAUCAAACUCCAAAAGUGUUCAAAAUCCUUGAGAAGUCCUAUGGUUGUACAAGCUGUGGCAAUUCCAGUUGCACCAGCUCCACCCAGCAGUGCAGAGCAUAGGAAACAAUUAACUGAAAGCUAUGGUUUUAGGCAAAUUGGAGAACCACUUCCAGAUAAUGUUAUACUGAAGGAUAUUAUUGACACCCUCCCAAAAAAGGUUUUUGAGAUUGAUGAUAUGAAAGCAUGGAAGUCAGUUCUGAUAUCUGUCACUUCAUAUACACUGGGCCUCUUCAUGAUCUCCAAAGCGCCAUGGUAUCUACUUCCUCUGGCUUGGGUAUGGACGGGGACUGCAAUCACAGGGUUUUUCGUCAUAGGCCAUGAUUGUGCACACAAAUCAUUCGCAAGGAACAAAUUUGUGGAAGACAUUGUUGGAACUCUGGCAUUUUUGCCAUUGAUAUAUCCGUAUGAGCCAUGGCGUUUUAAGCAUGAUCGGCAUCACGCAAGAACAAACAUGUUGAAUGAAGAUACAGCCUGGCACCCAAUUUGGAAAGAGGACUUCGAUUCAUCCCCAGUACUGCGAAAGACAAUUAUAUAUGGAUAUGGCCCUUUUCGAACUUGGAUGUCUAUAGCUCACUGGUUGAUGUGGCAUUUUGAUUUGAAGAAGUUCAGACCUAAUGAAGUUAAAAGAGUGAAGAUAAGCUUGGCUUGUGUAUUUGCAUUUAUGGCAAUUGGAUGGCCUCUAAUUGUCUUCAAGACAGGGAUAAUGGGAUGGAUUAAGUUCUGGCUAAUGCCGUGGUUGGGUUAUCACUUUUGGAUGAGUACUUUUACAAUGGUUCAUCAUACAGCACCACACAUACCUUUUAAGCAUUUGGACGAUUGGAAUGCAGCUCAGGCCCAGCUUAAUGGCACAGUUCAUUGUGACUAUCCUAGUUGGAUAGAGAUCCUCUGUCAUGAUAUCAAUGUCCACAUCCCUCAUCAUAUUUCACCAAGGAUACCAAGCUAUAACUUGAGGGCUGCUCAUAAGUCUCUUCAAGAGAAUUGGGGAAAGUAUCUGAACGAGGCUACAUGGAAUUGGAGAUUAAUGAAGACAAUAUUGACAAUAUGCCAUGUUUAUGAUGAGGAGGAAAACUACGUAGCCUUUGACAAACUUGCCCCUGAUGAGUCCCAACCCAUUACGUUCCUCAAAAAAGUGAUGCCUGAUUAUACUUAAUAAUCCAUUGCUCCUCCUCGAGGGGUCCCACGUCAUUUUUGGUUUGUUCUUAUCUGUUAUUCUUCUUUUUGUCCAAUACCAUCGGUAUGCUUUCCGCUAUGUCUAAAAAUUUUCUUACUUAUGUUUCAAACUACAACAAUAUUUAAGUGGUUAGAGAAGUUUCAUUGAAGGAAGCUUCCUGGUGGUCCACAACCUUUUGCUUCUAGUGGGUUUGGCUUUUCAAGGAAACCCCCCAUUUUUUUUCUUUUUUUCGUUUUAAUGGUCGGGGUGUUUGGUUCAGUUUAUGCACACUUCGAUUAAUCUGGUUUUCGGUCCAAUUAAAGAUAAGUUAUUCACGCUUAGACUAGGAUAUUCAUGAAGAAUAAGUUCUUCAUGGUCUGAUCAUAACAAGUUGACAAAAUUCAAACUCAAGACAUCUAGAUUUACAUGUCAUCGUCCUUUGGGAUUUAAACCCUCCACCCCCCCCCCCAAUUUCUUUAAUCUUACGUGAAAGCGGUUCAACUUUUCCUCAAUUUUCUUUAGUUACUUUCCCUCGUUGUUCCUAGAUCAUUUUCAUCUUGUAUUGGUAAAAAAAGUACACUCAUACAUAGUGGGUUUUGUUUAAAUUUCAGGUUAGAUUGACUAUUUUUCACAUUUCUCAACUUGGUUGUAUUUAGGGUUAGAAAUUCUUAAAAAGACUAUUACGAUAUAAAAUUGUCAGGAAGUUUUUAUGUGUGAAUUUAGCCAUCAUGGUUU